AUUCUUUGUGUGAGUGCUCGCCAGGUAGGAAAUGUGUUGCUCUAUCGCUUAUAAAGAACUUAUCUUUGUUGAAAUUUCUUAGGUUCUAUAAAUGAACCAAUAUUUUGCGCUAGUCACUGGAUUUUAAGACUUUUUGCAUGCGCUUGGAGCAAUUCUACGCCACAAACUGAUUGCCGGGAAACGAUCCUUUGUUUACUUAUGAAAAGCAAUAUGGAUUUAUGUUUAAUGCAGACAACGGAUGCAGCCGAUGUAAUAGCAGCACAAAGUUUGAUCACACUAGCUACAAAUCACAGGGAAUUAGUUAAUCCUACUCUUUUACCUCGAUCUACGAGUAACACUUAUAUGAUUGCCCGCAUCUUGGCUGAUCUCAAGUGUUACAAACAGGAUCCUGUGCCGAAUAUUGAUGAUGAGAUCAUGAAUGGGCAAGAAACAGCCUCCAAAUCGAAGCAAGUGAAACGGGAGUCGUCUUCCCAACAAACCAAAAAAAUGCACGAAUGUUCUUAUGUGGGAUGCGACAAAGUUUAUGGAAAGAGUUCACACCUCAAGGCUCAUCUUCGAACGCAUACAGGGGAAAGGCCUUUCGCUUGCAGCUGGCAAAUGUGUGGCAAACGUUUUGCCAGAUCCGACGAAUUGGCGAGGCACAAUCGCACUCACACUGGAGAAAAGAAAUUCGCCUGCCCCCUGUGCGACAAGCGAUUCAUGCGAAGCGACCACCUGACGAAGCAUGCGCGCCGCCAUCCUAACUUCAGGCCAGGCAUGCUGUCCAAAAAGGCCGGCUCCGUGGCUGAGAGCAGUGGUACUUCAGACGUGUCAGAGGGGACGCUACAGUCGCCCUAAACACGUUACCAUGAUGUCCAGGACAGCUGUGAUUAUGAACACUUUCAAUAAGCUUUCCAAGUGCGUUUUAGCAAUGGGCAAACAUUCACCCCCCAAGAUAUUUAUGUUA